UUGUUCUUUGAGCCGAACUCAGUGCGCACUAGUGCAGUCUACCGAAUUUGCCAUUAGUUUUGAAUUAAUUCGUUCAUUUAAACCGUUCGUUCGCGAACUACCCAUAACCCAUCUCUAGAACAGAACCGCUAUCUCAUGCCGAUGCACACACGUGACAUUUAAAAUAUAAGAACACGGCGCAAAUAUUUCAUCUGAUGAUAUUUAAAGAUGCCGAUUUUGGCACUGGACAUAAGAACAGUAAAAUUAAUUACCACUACGCAAAUAAUAACAUCCGUGUACGCCGUAGUGAAAGAAUUAAUAGAAAAUUCAAUCGAUGCUGAUGCAAACAAUAUCGAAAUUAAUCUUGUAUGUAAGCCAAUAUAAUGUCAUAUAUUUAUGUAUUUGCAUGAUGCUUUCUAAGGAAGUACGAUAUAUUAUUAUAUAUAUUUAUGUACCUUUAUUUACAUUUAGAUAGAUAAUGGUACAUCUUUAAUAGAAGUGAAAGAUAAUGGUUACGGCAUAUCUAAGGAGGAUACACCAUUCAUGGGAUUACCUUCCUAUACGUCUAAAAUAACAAAUUUUGAAGAUCUAAAUGUAUUACGAACAUUUGGAUUUAGAGGAGAAGCGCUUAGCGCAGUAUGUGCAGUAGCAGAAGUUACUAUUAUAACAAAAACAAAAGAAGAUAAUGUUGGAACUUCAUAUAUAAUGAAUAAUGAUGGACAAAUUGUAAACAGUGAAUCUUGCCAUAGAAGUAUAGGUACUACGGUACAGGUAAGAAAUUUAUUUAAGCAAGUGCCUGUAAGAAGACAAAUAAUUAUGAAUAUGAAAAAAGCUAAUCAGACUAUCAAAUUAUUGGAAACUUUAAUGCAAUGCUUUGGGAUAUGUAAACCAAAUGUACGAAUUCAAUUUAGAGUAAAUAAUAAUGUUAUAUUUACUAAACCAAGUCUAAAUAAUAUCAAAGAAGCUAUGAAUCAUAUACUUGGUAGAAAAAUUAUGUCUAGCAUGGAAUGGAUUGAGUCUAAGGAUAUAGAGUUUACUCUAGAAUUAAUGUUGCCUUCAAGAAAGGUAAAGGAUUUAUCAGAAAUUUCUCAUUCUGAUUUACACUAUAUUCUUGUAAAUAAUAGGCCUAUUAAGCAUAAAGAUCUUGAAAAGAAUAAAGUGCUUAAUGCUGUAGAUAAAUGUAUAAGAAAAUUCUAUGGACUUAAAGCUACAGACAUCACUGAACAAAAUUUGUCGUUAGACACGUCUGCCUGUUACGAGGAUUAUGCAUCUAAUUUAAAUGACAAUAUUGCUGAUGUUGAAUGGCCUGCAUGCAAAAAACGAAAAAUACAAGAGAGAGAUGUUCAAGAAAAUAUUGUCAAAGAGAAAUCAAUACUUAUUAGUGAUAGUAACGAACAUAAAAAAUCUCUUCAAAAUGAGCAACAGAAUGAUAAUGAGACUCGUAAUCAGAAACAUCACGAAAAGGAAUUGACUCUAAUAACUCAUAUACAACCACCUAAUUUGAGUGAUUCUGAUUCAAAUGAUACCUUUCCUACCACAACUGUGAUUAUGGAUAAGAUAAUAGACGAAAAAUUAACUUUGAGUCAACUACCUGUAGUAGAUCUUGGUGAAGAUUUUGACCUUACAGAAGAAAUUGGAAAUUCUGAUAUUUCCAUGAAUAAAAACGAGAAUAAAGAAAACAUCCAAGAAAAAAAGCAAAUUACAAUGGAGACAUGGAGUAAAGGACAUGUCAAUGGACUCAAGGGUGGUACAGAUAUCAAAUCAGAUAUUGCCAUUGAGAAAUCAAAUGACAACUUAAAUAAUAAACUUGAUGAAAUAUUGGAAUCAGAUAGAGCACAUGUUGAUCACAAAGAUCUUAAAUUUUUAAAACAUGUUAGAUUACAAGUUGCAAAAGAAAAUCCUACAUUAACAACUGCAACCGAAACUGCAAGAAAAAUUACCGACUUUUGGAAGCAAUUGUCAUCUGAAGAACGUGGUUAUUAUCGCGAUAUUGCGCAAGAAGAAGAAAAAGAACAUCAAAGACGUGAAAAGGCUAAGGAAAAAGUCGAUGCAAAUAAAAUAAUCUCAGAAAAAAAUAAGAACAGACUUCUGCAAUUGUUUGAGAAAAUGAAAAACACGAAAAAUGAAAAGAAAGAAAACUUAAAUAUGAGGACAAUAGUACCUUGGAUCAUCGACAGAGCUAAGAUAAUUACAAGAUCAGGUUUUGAAAGUGAACACAUAAUAGGUCGAUUAACAUCCAACUUGUGGGUUGCUACAAUUUGCGAGCAGAUGUGGAUUGUUGAUAUUACUGGUCUGAUGAAAGGUUUGAAAGUUACCGAUAUCGAUACAAAUAAGGGUUUUGUCAAAGUAGUCAAGAACAAGCAGUACUUCAAACGGUACCAAGUUAAAUUCAAGAGGCGUCGUGAAGGAAAGACUGAUUAUUAUGCUCGUAAACGACUGACUAUUCAGGACAAGAAUAAGUAUAAUACACCUAAGUAUAGGUUGAUCGUACGUUUGUCCAAUAAGGAUAUUACAUGUCAGGUUGCCUAUUCAAGAAUUGAAGGAGAUAGGAUUGUAUGUGCUGCUUACAGCCAUGAACUUCCAAAAUAUGGAGUUAAAGUUGGUCUUACCAACUAUGCAUCUGCUUAUUGCACUGGUUUGCUCCUGGCUAGGAGACUUCUUAAGAAGCUGGGAUUAGACACCUUAUAUGUGGGUAGUGCACAAGUAACUGGCGAUGAGUAUAAUGUCGAGGAAUUGGACGAUGGCCCAGGUGCCUUCAGAUGUUACCUGGACACUGGAUUAAUGCGUACUACGACGGGCGCCCGAGUUUUUGGUGCUAUGAAAGGCGCGGUUGAUGGUGGUCUUAAUAUACCUCAUAGUGUCAAGAGAUUCCCUGGCUAUGAUGUCGAAUCAAAAACAUUCAACGCAGAUGUGCAUCGUCAACACAUAUUUGCUCAACAUGUUGCAAACUAUAUGAGAACUUUGGAAGAGGAGGACGAUGAAGCUUUCAAGAGGCAAUUCUCACAAUAUAUUAAAAAUGGUAUCUCUGCAAAUGAUAUUGAGAAUAUAUACAAGAAGGCCCAUGAAGCUAUCAGAGCUAAUCCAGAACACACGAAAGUCACGCGAGAAAAACCAGUUAUCAAGAAAAGAUGGAAUCGCGCAAAAUUGUCUCUGUCCGAGAGGAAAAAUCGCGUGGCCCAAAAGAAAGCAUCUUUCCUCAAAACCUUGGAGGAAGCAGAGGUGUAACCAUUCUUCCUUCAAGAUUAUUUUUGCAAUAUAUACACAAAUUUAUGUGUAUUAACCGAUCAAGAAUAAAGGAACUG